AUGAAACUGAACGGUUUGUGGUAUUGGCUGUUAUUAUUGCUUAGCGUUAAUGCUAUCGCAUCAAACGUGGGCGAGUUGAUAGAUGAAAAGGAGGAAGUAAUUACGCAAAAGGUGUUUUUCGAUAUCAAUCAUGGUGAAGAGAAAGUGGGCAGGAUUGUUAUUGGACUGUAUGGAAAAGUGUGUCCCAAGACAGCCAAGAAUUUCUAUCAGCUGAGUAUUGCUACUGAUUCCAAGAAAGGGUUCAUCGGAUCCACUUUCCACAGAGUGAUUCCCAAUUUUAUGAUCCAGGGCGGCGACUUCACACGUGGUACAGGUGUCGGUGGUAAAUCAAUUUAUGGUGACACGUUCCCUGACGAGAACUUUACUUUGAAACACGAUCGCAAGGGUAGAUUAUCGAUGGCCAAUCGUGGUAAGGACACCAAUGGUUCCCAGUUCUUCAUUACCACUGCGCAAGAAACGUCAUGGUUGGAUGGAAAGCAUGUGGUCUUUGGCCAGGUCGUGGAUGGCAUGGAUGUGGUCAAUUAUAUACAGCAUGUGUCCAGAGAUUCCCAAGACAAACCUUUGGAGCCGGUCAAGAUUACAAAUUGUGGUGAGUGGACAUCUGACCUCUCUUCAUAA